AUGACAGAACGGAUAGCUCCAACGUCUAGUUCUCUGCAAGCCAACUAUGUCAAUGCUGUCGAAAUCUUCUCCAUGUGGACGGCUGCUCGGAGGCGGCAAUGGCCCUUAUGCUUUGGUCUGCUUGGCGGAUUAAUCGCGGCUGUCCUAGUAUCUUUCAUCAACGCCUUGACAUAUGUCGAUGCGACUGCAAAAGUUUCGGAAGACGGCGUAGAAUUCAUCCAGACUUCCAACUUCAACUUCACUAAUCGCUUCGUUGACAGCACUGGCUCGCUUACGAUGGCCUGGAACUAUAGCGGAAGUCAGCCUUAUGCAGGUUUGACCGGCUCUCAGCAGCAAAAUGGGAAGUAUCCAUCCUGGACCAGCGAUGGAUAUGCUUUCACGACAUUUGCAACCAAUCAUUAUCCCGGACAAAUCAUCAAUGGUACUCUCAGAGCAACCGCCACUGCAUUCUCUGCUGGUCUCAACUGCACUCCCAUUAGAAUGUCCGUGGUAACGCCACCAGUUUUGUCGGAGGAAGACGUCGACAACGGUUCCGUGACCAACAAAUACUUCUUAUACAGUGGGACCCGAACAUCUUGGAAUAUGCUAUUCGCCGGUGUUGGCUUGCCUGCCGCAUGGUUCAAUCUGACAAAGUGCCGAAACUUUGCCACGGAAUCUCUCAAAAUUUGGGCAAACAUUCUUCGCCCAGGAGGCGGCCAACCGACCGCAUCAGACCUGGACGUCAGCAGUCUGUUGUGCGAUCCAUGGUACGCGAUACAGAAUGCGUCGCUAAGUGUCAAUGCCAGCAGCGGAGAAGUGGUGUCUUACGCUCUUACAGACGCUGCAAAGCCUUUCGAUACGGGUACGAUCACUCCGGACGUUCUUGUGACAUACCUCAACAAUCCUCUCGACGGUACAUCGUUGGACGCAUAUCUGAAAACAUCGUGGCACGGCUCAUUCGCGACAAACUCGCAAACCGUUUUUCCACAAGCCUCGUACAUAAAUGUCACAAGUUGGGCCGACUACUACUUUGUAAUCACUGGACGGGACCCAUUCUUCGCUCAGAUGCUGAGUGGGUAUAAUGCCUCGCUCAUUGACUCACUCUUCAAUAACAGUACGAAUUUUGCCAUCGCCACAUCCUCGUUAGUUGGCAACUAUGUCGUGCAGCUCGCGAACACCAUGGCCCGGGAAAGCAAGAACUCUACCCUGAGAGGCACUAUCGUCGUCAUGCAACUGCGAGUCCUUGUUCGAGAUUGGGCUCUCCGUGCAGCGCAAGCCUCCUUAGCUUGCCUUGCCGUCAUUUGCGUUCUCUUAGCGACCUUACUUCGCGUAAGAUCAUGUCUCAACGAAGACUGCGGUACCUUGGCAGCAAUUGCUGUGCAUCUUGCAAACAAUCCGAAUAUUGAGCAAACAAUGCUUAGGGAACAAUAUGGCCGUCGAGCUCUCAGUGGAUUCACUUUGGCUCGUGCAUCCCGCAGUGACCGUGACGCCGUCCAGAUCGAUCUUAUUCACGAAGAGACUGUCAACGCUACAAGUCAGACGCAUUGGUUGGCUGAUAGAUAUAGACCCACUGCAUUGCACUGGCUAUACAUCGCAGGCGUCACGAUCAUCAGCCUGGCACUGAUCGCUAGUGCUGCGACGACGUUACGUGAGGCGUUGUACGAGCUCAUUAUCUCGAAAAGCCCAACUGAUUGGUUCGCGCAGAAUGCUUUCGCCUUUAUCCCAAGCUUCGUCUUGCUGUUUUUGGGCUACGGUCUAGGCGGUUUAAGUGAUUCAGUCACUCUUCUGGAGCCAUAUCGCAAUCUGCGAAGGGGGAACGGUAGGCCUGGCCGGCAAACGGUGCUCUUCAACCCCACCGCCCACUCUGUCUUCUCCCUGCCGUACAGGGCAGUCGCCGGUUCUGGCAGUCUGGUUCUCCUCUUCGUGUCUUUGCUCGUCGUAAUCUACCCAGGUGUCAAGAUCGCUGCUGCCGAGCUCUACAAGACGUCAACGUCCGAUCGCGUUUCCCAAGAGAGGACGAUGGGUCUUGACUCGAGUCUGGUAGACAAUUUCGAAAGCACAUACGAUCUCACGCAAAGUGUUACUGGUGGUAUCACCGACCGUGCAUCGCAGUGGAGCGAGUGGUCUCUGAUCAAAGAAUUCAAUCUGCCGCCUCGCACUAACGCCCUGGAUAAACUAGUCUUCACUGAAUUACAAGGUGACGUGGGGAAUGCUGCGGCCAUUCAUGCUGUCAUUCCAGCCAUCGAGGUUAACGUGACCUGCCAACCAUACGACAACGAAGACUUCAGUUUGUGGGUAAGUCAGACCUACAACGCCUACUGGGGUACACUUCCGUGCUUCAUGUUUCGACCUGAAACUCUGCACGUCAACAAAACUGGUGCAGCUAGGGUCGACUACUACGCCAUGUCGAUGCUUCAGAACUCAGUCAACGCGUCAAAUUAUAUCGGCGCGGCAUUUUUACCUGUUGACGGGUACAUGAUGAGAAGCACUGUGCUGCCAGGUACUCCGUACACAAUGCUGCUUGCAGAUUACAGCAGCAUAACUUCCGGCAUCGUGAACGCGACGUACGUCCCUGUUAUUCGACCUAGGGACCAAAACAAAAACAAUAUUAUGCAAGAUAGUGCGAUUGAAGCAAAACCUGGCAUGUUCAACGUCUCUUUGCCCACUAUCCGAGGCGUUGUGUGUACCCGGGAGUUCAACAAAGUCUCCGUUGACGCGAUACUUAGGCAAGGAGUGCGAGUAGGGCUGAACGAUUCUUCAACACUCCUUCCAUGGUCCGUGACCAGUUAUGACGAUCGUACGAUUACAGACCGCACACCUUAUAACCGCUCGACGCCCGGCUGGAUGUUUCCGUACUACCCGGCCGAUUUUAUUUCCCAGAGCAAUUAUUGGAAUAACCCAGCAACCGGGGGCAAUGCUGCGCAGGUGGUCGGCAACAGUCUCUGGCCAACAAAGGGUACUAGCCGGAACAUUUGGGAGCAGCUCGCCGUGCUCCAGCAGUCCAAGGUCGGCCAUGACAGCAUCACGAGCUCAUUACUCGACGUCAACGAGCUUGCAAGGAGUGCUGAGGAACUACUAACGACGUAUUCAAUCCAAAUGCUGUCCGAGCUGCGUACCUAUACGUCACAGUUGGCCAACACGAACAGCAAACGAGAUGUCAACGUGAAUACGAUUCCUGUACAAGUUUUCGGACACCUACCGGCGGUUCAACAAUCAGCAACAAUGACCUACGCUAUCGCUGCCAUGCUGGCGACCGUCAUUGUCUGUCCGCUCUCAGCCGCGUCCGCAUACCUGCCUUUUCCAGGCAUUAAGCGAGAGGCACUUGAUCUCCGAGAGCCGCCGGGUUCAAUUGCGGCAGCGAUGACAUUGCUGGCGGGCGGUAGGCUAGUACAAGAGCUGCGGAGGCAAGGCGUGACGCGGACGAAUCAGACGAAUAUUUGGGAACGCAGGUUCCGGCUUGGAUGGUGGGAGGACACGGAAAGCGAAGAGGCGGAGCUAGGAAGGAGACGCUGGGGCAUUGACGUUGUGGAAUAG